AAUCGGACUGGAACAGUUCAAAUUUUUUGAUUGUGAUGAUCGGACGCGGAGUAGAAGUCAGAGCUCUUCUGUACAUGAUUUCUGAUCAAGAGAUAACCUUUGCCACUGCGAAUUUAUAAAGAAAUAAGAAUGAAUUUAAGGCUUUUGCUAUUUUUAGUUGGAUUCUUUGUUGGCUGCCUGGCCGCCUUUGAUAUCGAAAAGGCAGAGUUAACGGUUAAUGUAGUAGGAACUGAAGUAACGAUAUUACUGCCCGAAAAUCCCGAUGUUAAGACCGUUUUCUUUUCAACGGAAACGGAAGAUGAGUGUAGCGCAGGAUACACGUUCCUGCACAGCGUUAACAGCAGCAAAUCGAUGGGUUAUAAGCAGGAGCUGAAUAAGAAGCUGAAUGAAAAUGAUAUGCUAAGAGUUUUGGGUGUGUUUGAAACCAAAGAUCAAGUGAUCACGAAAUCUUACGAUUUCAAGAUUAAUGCAAAUGGAAAUGGAGUCGAGCAGAAUAUGCCGAAACCAACGGAACCAAAUACAUGCAAUCCGAUUACACCAAUUCGCAGUACACUUGGAAAGAACAGAGAUGGAAAGUGCGUAAUGGCUGAAGGGAGUCCCAAGGAAAAUGGACUCUGCACCGGGGACUUGAUAUUUGAGGAAAAUUUUAAAGAUAAUGAUAAAUAUUUCACAAAUUGGGAGCAUGAAGUUUUCUCACGCGCCAACAGCAAGCAUUUCGAAUUCGCAGUAUUUUUAAAAAACGAUAUUAACAGUGUUAUCAAAGAUGGUCAAUUGCAUAUAACUGCCACUAAGCAGGAUUCAAAACAUUUUUUUCACUUAAAAGAUUGUACAAGUACUAGUAUGAAAAACAAAUACCCUUGCGGACCGUAUACGAUUGCGUUCAAUCGGGCAAUCCCUCCUGUUAAGUCUGCAAUAAUUCGAACUAAGCAAGGGAUUUCGUUAAAAUAUGGUCGGUACGAGAUACGUGCCAAGAUGCCAAUUGGCGAUUGGCUAUUUCCCUAUAUAAUGCUGCAGGCAACAGACGAUGAGUUUCAUUCAGAUCCCUCAAGACACAUUCGCAUUGCAUCUGUGAGAGGUAACCGUAAUCUGAAGGACACAUCCCUUAGCCAUAUGGGAGGAAAUAUUCUCACUGGUAGCGCAUUUGUUAAAAAACGUUCGACCGCCUUUCUACAUGAGGAUAAAAAGACUGUGUCACACAAAACACCAGGGAGACACUUUGGAGAGGAUUUUCACAAUUAUACAAUGAUUUUUCACAGCAAUCGUAUCAUAUUCAAAGUAGAUGGCACUACCUAUGGCACGAUAACGAAUAAGGAGGUUCUCGAUCAGUUAAACAUACCACAUUCAUAUUAUCUUGCCUUGGGCUUGACUGCUGGUGGUACUCAUAACUUCCCAUAUAUUCAUCCGAGUUAUAAUAUAAAAGACGAGUUUAGAUUCACCGAUCCCAAUGCAUCCUUUACUUUUGAAGAGGAAUUUGAAAACUUUAAUGGAACAUGGACACAUCCAAAGCUGGUUAUUGAUAAUGUACGUGUCUAUGCCACACAUCCAGACGAAGUCUAACAAAUUUACUUUGUUUUACAUUACAAAUUCUUAAAACAUUUAUUAAUUUCAAUCGAAGUGUGAUCUUUAUUAACCACAGUUAUAUCAUGCUACUUAAAUAAACUAUUAAUAUUGUGGAUGCAGU